AUGGCUAAUGGUGGAGGAGCUGAUGAAGUCGAAUUGGCAGCGGCGCGUUGUCGAAAAAGUCGGAGAAAGCGGUCAAGGACUGACGGCCUUGGUCUUCUCCAUCUCGAGGGACGAGCUCAUCCUGUUAGACAUAACGGUUUUCGCCGGUGAGACUGCGUCGAGGACAGUGCAGACGGUACCCACGGCCAGAGUUUGUUCCAUGCUUCAGCCGACUGAAACCCCCUUCUCCCCAACCUUUGAACCCGCCGCAUCCCCGUCCCAUCGCGCGAGCCCCUUCAUAUUGUUCUCAAUAUUCUAG